CGUCAAUAAACCGGUCGGCGGAGUGAGGGUCAUCUUAAUUUUAUGCCGGCCACACCCGCGUAUUUACACGUGUGACGUCAGCGCUUCGCGGUUAUAAAGGAGUGGGCGGGGCAGGCUCUAUAUGUUUGUGUCGUGCGCGCUGCGUGAGAACAGAAACAACAGGCUCUGCUCUGCAACAUGGCUGUGAUCCUGAAAGCUGGGAUGGUGCUCCUGUCGCUGCUCGCUGUCCACGUGGCACUGUCACUGUCACAGCCCCCUCUCCCCGGUGCGCCUCAGAACGCCGAUGUGCACCAGAAGGAUGUGAAGAAAGCCCUUAAUGUGGCCGUCAGAGAAUACAACAAGCAGGACCAGGGCUCGUUCCUCAGCAAGGUCUCCAAAGUGAUCACGGCUCAGAAACAGGUUGUGUCUGGCAUGAAGUACAUCUUCAGGGUGAGGAUGGUCUACACCGUGUGCAGGAAGGAUGAGAAUCAGAGUGUUAAGAGAGGGUGCGCCAUCAACCCAGACCCACAGCUGGCAAAGCCCACCAUCUGUAACUUUGAGGUGUGGAGCCAACCAUGGCUGAACAAACCUCCACAGGUGAAGAUCAGCUGUGGGCACUGAGUGUUCAGCUGACUCCUGCACAUCGCAGCUUUACGGUGCCCGAAACUGACCCUGAAAUGCUCCUUUCGUAGUGCCUCUGAGUGCCACCUCUUGCAGAAACCUGGCAGAAAUGCUGUAUACUGUCAAGUUUCCUUUUUAUAGCCAUUUUUCUUCAAGAAAGCCAUAAAGUGACCUUCUAGCUUGAUGAAUGCAGUCCACAUAUCUCUUGUCAAUAAAUUUUUAUAUGGGGAAAAACAAUGGGUGUAGUGUGUGGGGUUUUUUUU